AUGGCUCCUAUAGCUUUGGGUGGGCUGGCGUCGAGAUCGCGGCUUACGCAGUACUCCAAUAUCAAGCUUGGUCAAGCACCUGCUCAGGCAGUUCGGAGCCCAAGCAAUGCUUUAAACGGACUCGCUUGUGUCGCCGGAACUCAGGGCUUCUUCAAAGAGCCACUCCAUGUCUCGUCCCCUCCUGGUCAUCUGUUCGACUCCGACAGUGUAUCUGAAGGAUCUAGCGAAGGUAGUCGCAUCAACGAAACCUCCAUUCAUGUUGACCCGACCAUCGGACUCAAUCAUCUCGCCUCACUGAUUGAGCAAGCUGAGUGUGAGCUGGGAAACCUCCAUCUUGUGCCCUCCGGAUUUGUUGAAGAAGGCGCCGAUCGCCCGAAAUUCGAUGGAAAUAACGUUAUGGCCGACCCAGUGCCUUUUUCGGAGACCUCACAGAACGCUGCCUGUGCCUUUCUGCGGGAGCGAAUGGUAAUUGCGGAGUGUCGGGUUUCGAAGCUGUCCCGGAUCGUUGAAAAACUGGAGCUACAGCGACAGGCCGCACGCAACGAGCUCGCAGAUGCGGAUGUUGUCAUCAACUUCCUCGAGAAGAACUGGUGA